CAACACAGACUAAGUUUAGUUUCAUAACCUUAACUUCCACAUUAGUUGCUCAAAUGCAUCAAAGCAGAAACACAGACAGACAGACACACACACACACACACACAGAUGCUCUUUUGUCAGACAUUUCACAUGCUCGCGGACCUGCUACACUACUGCUUGCUGGAGAUAAUGUGAUUUAAUGUAGAGGACAUACAAAUAUCUCUUCAUUUGGUAGGCAGUUCUUCGAACCAAAAGAUGGAUUCCACGAUAAAUUCCAUAGCCACAACCUCCAUGAUGACCUCAAGCUCCCUACCAACGACCUCAAAGCCGCUGGCUGAUGAUACAAAGUACUACACAGCCCUUCUGGUCAUCUACUCUGUGGUUCUGCUCUGCGGUAUCAUCAGUCUGAGCCUGAUGAUGCACAUCAUGAAGUCCAGCACUGCAUCCAUAACCUCCAUCGCUGUACUCAACCUCAUCUUCGCCCACUUCAUCUUCCUUCUCACUGUGCCCUUUAGGAUUCACUACUACGCCACUAAUGACUGGGCCCUGGGCCUUGGGUGGUGUAAAGUGGUCAGCGGCAUGAUCCACAUCCACAUGUACAUGUCUUUUAUCUUCUAUGUGAUCAUCCUCAUUACACGCCUGAUGAUGUUCUACCUCGAAGCUGAGCAGGUGGCCUCCUUCCAGAAGAUUCACGCACUCCUUGUCAGUGCUGUGGUGUGGAUGGUGGUGCUUACUGUGGUCCCUUGCAUUAUCCAUUUUUCCUAUGGCAAAAAGGAUCAAAGCUCGGACACCAACAAUACCACCAAUGUGACACGCUGCUUCAACUUUGGCGACGACAUAGAAACUGUUCCGGCCAAGUUGUUCAACUACAUCAUAAGCACAAUCAUCAUAGUGGUGGCCACGGUGCUGACGGCCCUCCAAGCCAAUGUCCUAAGGGUUUUAUACAAAAAGCACCGCCAGGGAUGCACCUCUCAGCAGGACUUUGGGGCUCAGCUGAAGAGCCUGUGCUUUGCUCUCAUCAUGGUGGUCUGCUUCAUUCCCUACCACAUGUUCCGGCUUUAUUACUUAGAACACCUCUAUCUGCAGGAUGUCAAUGAGGUGCUUCUGAGUUUGACCACCUUUAAUUGUUUGGACAUGCUCACCUUCUUGGGGAGGAGAAGCUGCUACACGUGCUUACCAGUAGUGGUACAAGACGUAUUUAGAUCCUUUACUUGAGUAAAAGUAUUAAUAGGUUACCACACUGCAAAAAUACUCUGUUACAAGUAAAAUGUCCUGCAUUGAAAAUGUUACUUAAGUAAAAGUAUGUAAGUAUCAUCAGGAAAAUGUACUUAAAGCAUAAAAAUAAAGUACUCAAUGCAGAAAAAUCCUCACAUUUUAGAAACUAGAAACGAUCAAAACAGUUCUGUGUUUAAUCACCUAAUCGUUUCCGCUGUACUUAUAUAUUGCCUAUAUAUUGUUGGGUAAUUUAAUUUAUUAUAAAACAUCGUAUUUUAUAAACUACAUGUGUUUUGUG